AACCAGACGGAUUUAGACGUUUGGCGGUAGAUAUGGCUGAACGGAGUAUAUGAGGUGACGUCCAGCGUUUUCUUUGCGUUUGAGGUCUUGGUGGUCAGGAGCGGCCAUGGAGCAGGUGGAGACGCUCUUCAGAGAAGGCGUCAUGUCGCAUCUGGAGCAGCUGGAGACCUUGGCGCACAACUUGGCCGCCAGACAAGAGCAGAGCCGGCGGCAGGAGGACAUAGUGCUGGACAAGAGAGAGAUGAUCCUGCAGCUGAAGAAGGAGAGAGACGAGCUGCAGGCCAAGAUCAGGCAUCAGAAGGAGGAGAUCCAGGCGCUGUCAGCAGGAGCCGAGGGAAGCCGCCCGCUAGGGCCAAGCACCCAGGAAGCCCUGCAAGAGCUGAGGCUGGAGGAAAUGAAGGGCAUCAUGGAGGCACUGUGGUUCACAGGCAUCAGCGGGAAGAAGACGGACCAUGGGGUUUGCUUCUGUCUCAGCACGGCCUUUGAAGGCCACUACCUGGACUCCUAUUACAUCCAGGUGGAUAGUCUGGAGAAGCCGCGGAUCACCCGCCACAACGUCCCGCCGUUCAUUCCUCUCAAAGAAAUCACCAAUUCGCACCUGCAAUCGGACCUGAAAAAAUUCCUCUCGGCUCUGUUUGACCAUCUGAACGGGUUCGCCGGGAGAAAAUUCCAGGCCGAUCAGCUUCAGGGCGCUGAGGGCACCUACAUCCCUGGCACCCUGCAGAGGAAUUCCCUUCACACCGUCCUCUCCUUCCGUUACAACGUGACGAUCGACAACCAGAAUUUUUGCUUCUCUGCAAAGCUGCUGUACGGCGCUAUUACGGCCGUGCUUCCCACAGAGGCGCUGGUCACGUGUCCAGAAAAUGCUGGACCUGUGCAGGAGGCGGCGGCGUCAUCCCACUCCUCGUUGUUUCGCAGUAAGCCCCUCCAUAGAGCUCUGGAGUCGCUGACUGUAUAGGAGGACUCACUCAGCUUUCCCAGAGUCAGAUGUGAUUAAAAUAAAUAAAGACAUUUUUAAUACCUUGAAAGAUGGAGGAGGCCAAGAAGCUACAACAGAAAAUGGGCGGAAAGUCUCUUAAAGGGCUCGUCUAGUGUUAUGAAGAGUUCUGCAAAAUUGAUAACGGACUUUGUGUUUCAGUUUUUCACCAUUUUCAAGAUCUCUGCUUGCUGUCCGUGCAAUUGUAUUAAUGAAUAAGACGUAUUGAUCUAAAAUGUGUGAACUGCUCUCACUGUAGAAGUGAAAAAGCUCGCCCUCCUGUGGCGAAGUUGUGAACGGCAGAUGUAAUGGUUGAAGCAGUUGUCCGAGCUUUUAAAAUGGAUGACCCGUCCUCAGGAUAGGGUCGUCAUUAUGUGAUCAGUGGGGUUCCGCCUCCUGACACCCCUGCCGAUCAGCUCUGCGUCCUCUUCCUAGGCCAGUGACGUCACGUUCAUUGGUCACAUGGCCCGGGCACAGCUCCGUUCCAAUGAGGUGAAUGAGGCUGAGCUGCAGUACCAAGCACGGCCACUAUCCAAUGGACAGCGCUGUGCUUGGUAGGCUGUGCGGAAGCUGCCGUGCUCACAGGAGCUGCAUUCCCCAGGGGACCCCCAAAGAUCUGAUACUGAUAACCUAUCAUGAGGAUAGGACAUGGUCUGACCGCUGGGGCCCCUGCUGAUCACAAGAACGGGGGCCUGUGUUUCCAUGCAUGUCCAACCCUCUAUGAGACCGCAAAGGAUAGCCAAGUACAAGUGCUGAACGGAGCAGCAGAGCCCAUGUGUGACCGCCACUCCAUUUACACUGGGGGGGGGGGGGGUACGUGAUCGGCAGGGGCCCCGGCAGUCGGACCACUGCCAAACAGAGACUUAUCCCCUUUUCCACAAAUCAGAAACUACAACUCCCAGAAUGUUUCAUUUACUGGUACAGCCAUGCAAGUGUGCAUGCUGUGAGUUGUAGUUUCACAUCAGCUGGAGUGCGCCCCCUCCUGGGGAUAGUGAAUAGGUUGUCUUAAUGGUACAACUUCCUGUAGGAGUCCAGUGGGCGGUCCG